AUGAGUUACAACAAUGAAGCUAACAACUGGAACCCAACUCGAAGUGAAAUAAGCAAAAUUUCUGUCAUGAUACUUGUGACAAGAUGUGAAUACAUACUCAAGAAGUUUUUGACUAACGAAAAGGAAUUAGGUGAAAAGGCGUUUCCAGCAGCAAGAAUCAGUGAGAUUGCUUUUGUACUCCAAGAGAUGGCACGCGUUGUCUUGCAUCCAAAAACAGCUUCAGUUCUUCCAUUGCAUCCACUUUUGAAAGGCGGUCUCUCGGAGGAGAAUCCUGGUCAACGUGCACAUUUAUUAGUCUUAUUUUCCCCCUUAUGUGAGCUCGUUAAGUCCAGGAAUUCUCGAGUUAGAGAUCUGGUUCAAGCUUUACUUAGACUCGUGAGUACAGAACUCGGACUAGAUAAAAUUUGCUUGACAAACUGAGAGAGGAUUUAAAUUGUACAAGUGGUAGUUUUGAUCUUGGCUUGGCUUUUCUUUCUCGAUUAUUUUAUUAAAAUUGUAUUUUAAUUUUUGAUUUUCCUUGUGUAUUUGUAAUUUAUUCAUAUAAUAGAAUGUAGGCGUGAUUCGUGAUAUGAUUUAAACAAUUAGAGUGUAGUCAACUCUAGAUGUUUUUUUUUUCUCUUAUUAUUCACAUACCC